UUUAAGCAUUUUUAAUUGGCGAUCGCUUGCUCAGGUGUUUAUUGUAAAACCAUGCAAGGCUCACACCGCUACCCAGUUGUAUGUCACUGCAAACAAGAAUUUAGUUUUUCUAAAUAUAUACCGUUUUCGUAAUAAACGAGUUGUUUUGUAGCAGCUACCAUCAUAAUAUUGUGAAGUUCCAGAAUUGUCGGUAGAUCAGUAAUUUAUUUUCUUAAAUUGUACGAACGCUUUGAUUUCGUGCCCUUUGAAAUUUACCUGUUGUAGUUUAUUUUGUCAAAGACAACGUAGAGGUCAAUUUAGCACAGGAGUGACAAUAACAAACUACAUAUAGCGAGAAUCAUGAAGACCGACACUGCAGAAGAAUCCGGCAGGAAAUCCAAGAGAAGAUCAAGUCAAAAUUCAACUGUGCGGCACAUUCUACGGAAGUCAGGAUUCGGUGCCGGUAAAACUGCAGAAGAUACAGUCGCUCCCUCUACAUACCCACCUGUGGUUCACUGCAAACUGCUUGAUGAACUGGAUGGGAAUUCUUCUGACACUGGCAGCUCCGAAAACCAGGAUGGCAGCUUGGGGUACAAAAAUGAAGAAGUCUUAACACCGGUGACCUUUUAUCGACCCUGGGAUAACGAGCCCACAUUGGGAGAUCACAUCAACCAGAUAAUCGAGAAACAACUCAAACAGGCGCUGCUACGCAAAGUUCCUGCAGACCAGCCAAAUUACAAGCUGUGUUCCCCAAAAACUAUUGUCAAAGGGGGGCAUUCGUCAAAAGGAUUUCGGAAAGGGUCUGUACGCACAAACAAUCAAAGACAACACGGCAAGACGAAAAAAUAAACGAAACCAUAGCUCUUCCAUGUGCAUUCGGUGCCAAUUACGCCAUACCGCAAGUGCCAGAAUAUCAGUUUUCGGUAAAUGCGCAGAAUGUUCCGUAUGCGCCUUGCGCAGAUAAUUCCUUCACUAGUUCGGUAUGGAGAAGUUACUAUCCCCUUUCGUGGAGUGCGUUGUAUCCCAUGCAGUCAUCAUGGCUAGCAUCCAUGUCGACCGCGUUACCGCUGCAAAUUCAACGCACCUAUAACAUUUUCGCGCCACCGGCAUCGGCGCAUCCACACAAUCCCUUGAGUCAGUUGAGUGCGUAUCCGGUGGCGGGUGCAGUUAAUUAUGUCUGCGGCCACGAAAGCGAUACUUCUAAUUCAAAGGACUUGCGAUUAGAAAAAAGUGCCGGUUGUGUUGAAUUUAUAAACAAUGGGUACGGUAUAAAAAAUCCUCUGGCCGAGCGAUUGGCGGAAUCCGAAAACAAUCUGCUAUCCUAUCCUGAAUGGACGUCUGGCAAACUGGCGCGAGAUAGUGCUAAAAACGCUAACUUAAGCAAGAAAAAGCACAGUGGAGGAGCACUAAAACGCUUUUUAUGUUCCUUUUGUGGGAAAGGAUUCAACGAUACUUUCGACUUAAAGCGCCAUACGAGAACUCAUACAGGUGUGCGACCAUACAAAUGUGAUAACUGCGAGAAAAGUUUCACGCAAAGAUGUUCGCUGGAGACACAUGCUAAGAAGAUACAUGGAGUCAAAUUCCAUUUUGGCUACAAGGAGCGUCGUGACAAGCUAUACAUUUGCGAAGCGUGCGGAGAUGCCACACCUGUUAUGGAGCAACAUUUUCUCCAUAUGCAACGCGACCACUCCCGAUCGGAUAAGACUGUGGGAUCCGGUAAUUUAUUAGGAAGUGAUAAUUUGCAGUGACCGUUUUCCACACCAGUCCCAAGGAAAGUGUGGUUAGAUUCAACCUAAAUCUACUCUAGAAAUCGUAGCGCAAUGUUGCUGAUCGCCAAGUCGAACUAACUAGUUGACUAAUCGGCAAUCUGUUCUGGUGGCAUGACACCUUACAAUUACUGAAUCUGCUUUAAA